CCUGAAUAUAAGGUGAUCUCAAAUGCUUCUUGCACUACCAAUUGCUUGGCACCAUUAGCCAAGGUUAUCCAUGAUGAAUUUGGUAUCAUUGAAGGGUUGAUGACUACAGUUCACUCUACAACUGCUACGCAAAAAGUUGUUGAUGGUCCCUCUGGCAAA